UUUAUCAAAACAGCAUCAGAGAAAGAAUCAAGAAAAAGUUUGCACAGCAAAUUAGACAGUGUUUGGCUGUUCCGUAUAUUAAGGGAACAUUCUCUCCCAAACUGGAGUCACAAUUAUUAGUCCACCCAGAGAAUCUUCCGAACUCACUGGAGAAUAAAACUCUGGACAUCGUUCAGUUACUUGCGACAAGAAAAAAAAAGAGAGAAUCAUUAUACGUCAAAUACGAAACAAAGAGGGAAAAAAUUGGGAAGGAAGAAAAUUCUACGACAACAAAUAAUGCCACUGUGCAGCUUUCAUCGAAUUCCUGGAAAGCUUCUUUACAUGAACUUGGAAAUCUACCUAGCUUCUUGUGGGGAAAAUUUUUCAUGGUUUUUGGACUCUGAGGGUGAUUUAUACUGAGUGAUUGGAUUAAAAUCUGGGUUUUCCUCCAUUUUCUUCUUCUCUUAAGUAAUGGGUAGUAACAAUAAAGAAAUUAGAGAUGGUGGUGAAGGCACUUCUGGAGUUAAGAAGCUUGACGACGGGUUUGAACAUGAACUGAGUAAUGGGCUUUCAGAUCUAAUGGGUCAGGAUUCUCCAGGUGUUGCUACAGCAUCUGAGCCGUUCCCUGCUCCUAUGGUCGCCCCACCGGUUUCUACAAUGACAGUUCCAACAUCUCCUGGACUGCCAGCUCCAACUCGGCUACUGCAAAAUAGGUAUAUAGAAUCAAUGGUUCAUGAACAGUUGAGAAGAGUGAAGUUCUCAUGGAAUCAUCCUGGGAAUAAUGUGGCUAUUGCAGGAUCAUGGGAUAACUGGGAAACCACGGAGGUUUUGCAGAGAGUGGGGCAGAUUUUUGUUGCUGUAAAAACACUCCCAGUUGGUAUCUAUCAUUACCGCUUCAUUGUUGAUGGCUUUUUCACGUAUGCUCCAGAAUUCCCUUGGGCCUUUGAUGAUUCUGGCUAUGCUUACAAUAUUUUGGAUUUGCAGGACUAUAUUCCAGAAAGUCAUGCAAAAUUACCAGAUUUCGAAUCUCCUCCAUCACCACCAUGGAGCUACGACAACAUAUUGCUAAAUGAUGAAGAAUUUGACAAGCCUCCACCAGAAUUACCACCACAAAUGCCAGUGACUGUAAGAGAUGAGCCUUCAUCAUCCACUGAUAUUCAUCAGAGAUUCCCGAGACCUACUCAUCUUGAAUUGAAUCAUCUCUACAUUCACAAAACUGAAGGGGAACCAUUUGUUGCACUGAGAUCAACUUCUAGGUUUCAACUCAAAUAUGUCACUACACUACUGUACAGGUCCCUGACAAGAGAAAGAUGAUCAAACUUGCAUUGUUUUCACCUGUUAUUGGUAGGACUUGUCUGGUUUAAAGUGAUGUUGAUAAUAUUUGUUAAGCUUAUGAAUUUGUUCUGCAGAAAGUAAGGUUGGAACAAGUAAAUAUGAGAUUUCCUGCCA